CAGGGAGCGAGGCGGGGCGGCCGGCCGGCAGGAUAUUUUAAACAUUAAAUUGCAUGGAUCAAAGUAGAACUCUCCUGUGACCUCCUCACCUCAAGGGUCUGCAUUCAACAGAACCGAUCCCAGUUUCCAGCCAGUUGCAUAUACCACUGAAGAAAAAUGAACAUACUGAACAGCUACCACUUUUUGUACUUUCUGCCUACCACACGCCUUGUCAUCUUAUUAGCAGCUUUGACGACUGCUGAGGAUGUGACUAAUAGCACUUUCAACCACACUGACAUGAACAUGGGAUCUGUGCCUGUGGUGAUCUCCCGCAUCGACCAUAUUAUAGUCAAGGAGGGGAGUAGUGCCUUGAUUGACUGCAAUGUCCAAGGCAGUCCUAGUCCACAUUACAAAUGGUACAAUUCCAACGGGCGCCUGCUCCAAGAGGAGGAGAGUAAAGCAGGAAAAUGGUGGUUUCUUGACAAUGGGCUACUAAACAUUACCAGAGUGUCUUUCGAAGACAGAGGUAAAUACACUUGUGUUGCAUCCAAUACAUAUGGCAGUGUUAACAAUACUGUGACACUGAGGGUUGUUUUUACCUCUGGAGAUAUGGGAAUCUAUUACAUGAUUGUCUGCCUUGUAGCUUUUACCAUUGUUAUGAUACUGAACAUAACUCGGUUAUGUAUGAUGAGCAGUCACCUGAAGAAAACAGAGAAAGCAAUUAAUGAAUUCUUCAGAACAGAAGGGGCAGAGAAACUCCAGAAAGCCUUUGAGAUUGCAAAACGUAUCCCAAUUAUCACUUCAGCCAAAACGCUUGAGCUUGCCAAAGUAACCCAGUUCAAGACCAUGGAAUUUGCUCGCUAUAUUGAAGAGCUUGCUCGGAGUGUACCUUUGCCACCUCUCAUCAUGAACUGCAGAACUAUAAUGGAAGAAAUUAUGGAGGUUGUUGGUCUGGAGGAGCAAGGGCAGAAUUUUGUCCGGCAGACAGCAGAAGGCCAGGAAACCACUGAAACAGAUGAACUGUAUAUGCUCCCCAAUGCUUUGAAGCGCAGUGACUCUCCCACAGCUGACUCUGAUGCAUCGUCACUGCACGAGCCACCUCAACAGAUUGCAAUAAAAGUGUCAGUCCACCCAUUGUCCAAAAAGGACUGCAUGGACGGUCAGUCACAAGAAAGCAUGCAGUUGGACACCAAGGAAGAAGACACUCCUCAAACACCAGCACUUCCUGCAGAGCCCCCUCCUGAGCCGUCUGCUGAACUGAGUUCCAAUGACACAGCAUUGGUGAAUGACAAAAAUGCAUGCGUUAUAUAUGAAAGCCAUGUAUGAUAGUUACUCCUGAAUCUAUGCAUAGCAGGAAAAUCAGGUGGAGCUCUUUUAAAAAUACAUAUUGUACUUGCCGCUAAGCCUUACCUGGAGACUAUCAUAGCAAAAGCAUGUAUGUGGAUUAUUUGGCACUUUCUUCUCAAUUUGACUUUAAUUUACCAUGAUGUAUGGCAGAGUAAUUGCUAUUACAUUAAUAUUAAUUGCUCUUUUUGAUUAGGAGUAUUUCCAAAAAACAUUUACCUCAGCAUUUUCUAGGUUGGAGUCACCUGUAGUGGCCUCUUGGAAGUCAUUGGUAGUCUUUGAUGUAGGACACUUGAACUUAGUAAACAUAAAACUGCUUUUAAUUUUCCUCCUUCACUCCUGUUAUUUCCACCUAUUGCAUUUUUGCAAAUAUUUUCUUGUGAAUUUGAAAUAUUGCCCAAGAAGCAGCACUCCAGUAGCCAAAUAAAAUCCUAAUAGAUCCCAUUUACACAGCCUGUUUGCUCAGCUGUAUUGUGAUUUAGAGAGCUAUUAAACAAAGUUAAAAUGUUUCCAUUUCAUUUGCGACCACACUGCUUAGGCACAUGGGAAAUAGUUUUCCCUUUUCCAUGGAAUGAAAUGUCAACAAUUGUUUUUUUCCAAUUGAGAAACAACUUUGAGGUCUAUUUUAUAGUUGGGAAAGCCCAUAAACAUCUUACAGAAAGUUGCAGUCCAACAGCUUUGCAGGGGAUUUUUUUUGCAUAUAUUUGACCAUUUUUUACUUUGCCAGAAGUUUAUAUGGAACACAGCUGCAAUAUGCAAGAUGUCUUUUUUGUAGCAAUUUGGUAGGAGUAAGCGUGCACUACCUUACUAGAAGUUAUGCAGGUUACUAGUCCUGCAAGUGCCAGUAAUCAGCUGAUGUCAAGGCUGAAAAGGCAGAAGACUCUUUCAUUGUAUUUCUCAGUUUUGUGCAAAUUUCUGUUCUGAACAUCAACCCUAAAUUAAUCUGUAAGUUUAAGUUUGAGAGUGUUUUAUCCAAACAAACAAAACAAAAUAAUAGGUAUAUUUUAUAUAUAUAUACACACAUAUAAUCCUGUGAAAUUACAAUGACGAUCACAUAAACUGUUCACUGUUUUAAUUACUUUGGUAUUUUAACAACCUCCUACCUAUGUAGGAUGUUCACUGCUUGAGUACAUGUGACUCUAACCCAGUAAAGCUUUAAUGAUCACAGUGAUUGUGGCAUUAAAAAGGAUAACAUUUAUGCCAGGAAAUGCCAGGAGUGGAAAGGAAGUUAUAAUUUCUAUUGCAGACAUACAAUUUAAAAAACCAAACUUCUCCAAGUGAGUCUGGAAAGAAAGCAUUUAAAAGGAGGAGUUUAUGUAGGACUAAUAGCAUCUUACUUAAUUACCUGACACACAUAUAAAUUGGAACUCAUGAACAAACUAUCACCUUGAUGUUUUUAAGGACUGUAAUGUAAGUGUAGAUACUAAAAAUAAAUCUGGAAUCAUUAUAUUGCAGAAAAAUAAGUCACUUAGAUCUACGGGGAGAUGAUGUGUGGAUGGCUCUCUGGAGAUUUUCUUGAAGUACCCACGUCUACACCACGUCUGUUGGAGGCAUGGGUAAAUGAGAUGAAACAAAGUCAGUGUUUCAGCUAUCUAAAAAAACCCUUGACAGUGAACUGAAGUUUUAUGUCAACUUCCUUGCGUUUAAGUGUAGAGCUUCACUAGCAGUGUAAUACAGGAGCACCCCAUGACUUAAGUAGGUGUUGCAGAGAAGGCUUGAUAUUUACUUUCUAUGGUUAUUUUAAAAAAUGCGUAAUAAUGAACUUCAGAUUUUGUGGCUGACUUAUGAAAUGACAGCAUUUAGUUGCCUAACAUAUCCUUUGUGCUCUCCACAGUGGCAGGCAUCUUUCAGGUAGUUGGUAGUUGUAGAGACUGAUACAAAAUGCAUUUGCACAUACUCAAAAGGAAACAUGAAAGGGCAAAGUCCCUUUAAGAAUGUGGCUGGAAAUAUUUUAUUUCCAUACAGGCUAGGUUAAGAGAAUACCAUAAAGAACCUCACUUCUGACCAGUGUGGUUGAAGAUACUACUGAUGCAAACUGUUAACUUCUUGUCUGAGUCCAAAUUACAUUUCUGUUUAGUGUUCACAUCAGUUUUUCAAGUUACCUAGUUUGUUUCUGGUAUGAAAAAGGAUGAGGGCAGAAACAAAAGCAGAAAAUCACACUGAUUUUUUUUUAAUUCACCUUAACCUCCUGGAAAGAGGCAUCUUGAUUUUUCUGCCUGUCCAGCAUUUACAAACAAUGCUCAUCCAUUCUGAAGUUACCUGCCUGGUGCUCAACUAAAAUUGUACAGGUUGAGCCAGGAUGUUCUUGAAAGGAUAAAAAUAACUUUUAAAUUAUACUUCAAAAUUUAAAAGUUUCAAAAUUAUUUCUUAAACUCCAGUAUCUUUAUUUUAAUUGGUUUUUAAGUAUGAACUUCUUACAGUACAGACCAGACUCCAUCAUGUAUGGUGAUUGAUACCAGGCAGUUCUGAUCCUGACUGCUGCCCUCAGGCUGCCCUCCAGCCUGUGCAAUAUUUAUUUAUUUAUUUAUUGAUAAACAGUUGAGAGUAAACAAUCCCCAUAGUUUUCUUCAGUAUCUCUGUGUAAACUUCCUUGAAGAUACAGACUACAUUUUUUUCCAAAGUCUGCCCACAAAGAGCAUGUAUAUGAAGUACACACAAACAUGUAUUGCAAACCAUAUAUGAACAACAGGUGUUUGGAUUACAUGCAUGUAAUGGGUCUAACGCUGAAUUCCUGCUGUUGCCAGGUCAAGGGGAACCUUGACUUUGCUGGAGCUGGACUCACUCAGGGCUGGGAGUUCACAAGUAGCCAGUCUGCUGUAAAUUCUUUGGACAUUUAGCUUUGUGGUUUAUUGGACUAAAAGCAGAACAGCAUGGUAUCUGAAGAAAACACAGAUCGUAGCAGUUCUGGUGUAGGUAUUUUUUCUGGUUUUGUAUGUGCUGCUCAGUAUCUUUAUGCAUCCAUUAUAUAACACCUGUAACCCUAAAGCUUUUUAUGUGCUUUCAGGCACUUCCUUUUGUGGGAGGCAGAUGGGAAGCAAGACCCAAACCCAUCUUUCCUGUUCCAAACUUUCUGGCUGCGCUAUUAUAAAGU